GAAUUUAAUUUUGUGAUAACUGCGUAAUUUAUGGUUAGGUUCGUAGUCAACUGAUAAGAACCGGGAUGUCCCUCACAGCUCUUCCCCUGGUUUCGCGGCUCUCCAAGAGGGUCAUCAGGAUAUUGGGAUGCAAUCCUGGUGUGAUGACACUCCAGGGGACCAACACCUACCUAGUUGGCACAGGUAAAAGUCGAGUAUUAAUCGACGCUGGAGACGAGCACACGUCAGCAGAGUACACGAAGCUCCUGAAAUCAGUCCUGGAGGAGGAGAAGACGACGAUAUCCCACCUGCUGAUCACCCACUGGCAUCACGAUCAUAUAGGAGGUGCGAAGGACGUUCAGAACCUCAUAAAGUCCUCGUCGAACACAGCUCCAGCAGUCUGGAAGCUCCCCCGAUCUCCGGAGGAUCAGCAACCAGAGGAAUACCCCGUGGAACUGAAUCUCCUGGAGGAUGAGCAGUCGUUCGAGGUCGAAGGCGCCAAAUUAACGGUAAAACACACCCCAGGGCACACAACAGAUCACGUGUGUCUCGUCCUCCAGGAGGAAAAUGUCCUCUUCAGUGGUGACUGCAUCCUGGGGGAGACAACAGCUGUCUUCGAGGACCUCAAGGACUACUUGACGUCUCUCGAUAAAAUCCUGGGAUUGAAAAACUCGGUUAUCUACCCUGGGCAUGGACCAGUCGUCGAAGAUCCAACGCCGAAAAUCCUGUAUUACAUCGAGCACAGGAGGAAGAGGGAGGAGGCAAUAGUUCAGGUGUUGAAAAAUACUGACAAGUCCCUGGAUGAGAUGGAGAUCGUCGGGUUUAUAUAUCAGGAGACGCCCAAGGACCUUUGGCCAGCGGCCGCCGUAAACGUCAAACAUCAUCUGCAAAAGCUCCUGAAGGAGGAGAGGGUGUCCACGGGGAGAGAUAAUAAAUGGACGAUUGCAUCCUGAUAAUUACCAAUUAAUUAAAUAAUACCUGAUAACGUCAAUAAUCUUUUUAUUCCAUUAUUCUGUAAUAAAAUAUAUUAUAUUUUUCUUCUUUCU